UCAAUUGUCAAGUGCUAUGUUUGGAUACUUGGCGAUACUAUUGGGCUGUCUUAGCCUGGCACAGAGUACGCCACAAGUGCGCUAUGAUGACUACAAGGUGUAUGAGGUGAAGAUAGAGAACUUGCAGCAGCUGCAGCUGCUGAAUGCGCAGGAGCAAAGGCUUCAGCUGAGCAGCUGGCGUGAGCCGCGUUUUGCUGGCGAUAGUGCUGAUGUGAUGCUGCCAGCGGAGAGUGUCCAAGCUUUUGAGCAGCUGCUGCAGCGCCAACACUUGAACUACAGCCUGAAGAUCAGCAAUGUGCAGGACUUAAUCGAUGCGCAGCGCCCCAAGCAGCGCUUGAGUCACAUGGAAUGGACACAGUAUCAUACGCUUGAUGAAAUCUACGCCUGGCUGGAUGAUCUGCAAUCCAAGUAUGCCAGCAUUGUUACAGCUUUUACCAUAGGCAAGUCCCAUGAGGGGCGGCCCAUACGCGGCAUCAAGAUCUCGCAUCGGCCCGGCAACAGCGCCGUCUUCAUAGAGUCCAACAUACAUGCGCGUGAGUGGAUCACCUCGGCCAGCAUUACGUACUUUAUCGAUGAGCUGCUGGUGCCCAGUAAGCCGGGUGUGCGUCACAUUGCCCAAACUGUCGACUGGUAUAUCAUACCGGUGCUGAAUGUGGACGGCUUUGUCUACUCGCAUGAGUCGGAGCGACUCUGGCGCAAAUCGCGGCUGCUAUCGGAUCCCACGGGUGCGUGCGUAGGCACAGAUUUGAAUCGUAACUUUGACUAUCGCUGGAUGGAAAUUGGCGCAUCGGCUGAUCCCUGUUCGCAGACCUAUGCGGGUCCCUUUGCCGAGUCCGAUCCGGAGAUCAAUCAGCUAACGCGCUAUAUCAACGAGUCCAUACCGGCAGGCAGCAUUAAGAUUUACAUUUCACUGCAUUCCUAUGGACAAUAUUUGCUCUCGCCUUGGGGGCAUACGGAUGCAGAGUUUCCGGAGCACUAUCCACAAAUGAUGGGCGUGGCUAAGGGAUUUGCGGAUGCUUUGGUCAGACGCUAUGGCACUGUCUUUACUUAUGGCUCCAGUGCCACAACGCUCUAUGCAGUUUCUGGUUCUGGCAAGGAGUGGGCCUAUGCUGUAAAGAAUAUAACCAUUCCAUAUACCAUAGAGCUGCGCGACAAGGGCCAGCUGGGCUUUCUACUGCCGCCCGAGGAUAUUAUUCCUGUGGCUCGUGAGGUUACCGAUGGCUUCGUAGGCAUGAUCGAAGCAGCUCGUGGCAUACAAGUCUUAUAA